AUGGAGGCUUUUAGCAAAAGCUUCAAUCUACUCCUGAUGGUCUACACGGUGCUGAUUGUAGGCAGGGUUUUUGCUGUGGAAGAACUUUACGGGCUAAUGGUUACACCGAUGCGCAGCGGUCAGCAGCUAAAGUUGCACGUCUGGUGGAACUCCACUUUGCCAAUCGGUACCGGCUAUGUCGUUAUCGUAACGCAUGUCGAUUCCGAAAAAUGCAACCUCAAGGAUAGCCCCUUUCAAAAUAAUAAGCACAUUAAAUGUGCUCCAAUCGUAGCUAGCACGGAAAAUAUCACCGAAGUUGUAAUCCCCUCCGACGACAGUGGAUACGUGAAACAUGCCUGCCCGAUCCAGCUGCACUGUUCAUACUCGUUAGUGGUGGAAACGAUGAGUUUGUCCCACAAAAUCACGGACCUAAUACAAGUUCCAGACUGUGUGGAUGGUUUAUGCUCAUGCCAUUACGCAGAACAUUUGCCUGCGCUCGUUAACACAUCCGCCACUAUUAGCAAAACUAGCAGUCAGCUGAUCGUUAGCUGGACGCUUGGUGCAUUCGACGUAACGGAGCUACCGGACAACGUUACGCUUAAAGCGAUCUACAUUGGUGUUCGGCGUGGAACGAAUAACGAUCUUGGAUGGGGUGGUCAACAUUCCAGCAUGAAGGAAUUAACCCUGCCCAUUGACUCCAGCACGCACAGCUUCGAUAUCAACGAGUUUGCCGGCAGCAAGUUUAUCUUUGUCGUACAGCUAAAAGUAAUAGAUACCAGAGACUGCGAACGUGCUGCUGUACCACUGCGUGGUAAUAUGUUUGCGAAAUAUGUUGUUUGCCUCGAAUAUUUUCCCGAACCAACUGUGGGAUUGAAAGCCACAUGUACCAAUGAUACCAGCUGCGAGUGUGACCGUUUGAAUAGCUUCCCCGACUACCUGCUUGCUGCACGACUCGAAGGGUCCGAAAUAGUAGUGACAUGGCGUCCAUUAAAACCCGUUACCUGGCACCGGACAUCGUUAACCGAUAUGGUUGGACUGUCACUAGCGAUCCGUGCAGAGGGAGCCGAUGAACUGCUAUGCUCUGUUACCGUAGAUCCCACCACCAGCACUACCCACACAUUCUCUGUAGAUCAAUUCGCACCGAACCAUGGCACUAGCUUUCUGCUAACAUCUUCCUUCAUUGACGCCAACAAUCAUUGCGAGCGCACAAUGCCCACGUACAAAUUUCAAACCCAUUCUCCGAGCUCUAUAUUGCUUCCAAUAGUAUUCGUUCUGCUGGCAGUAGUCAUUACGGUAGUGGUUGCUAGUUGCUUAUUUAUUUAUUACAAACGUAGGACCAAAUGCCGAUGGAAGGCUAAUAAUUGGAGAGGAGUUUAUGUGCGUUCAAGCGCUGAUCAUCAUCCACAGCUCGCAAUGGAGGAAAAUAGAUUGUACAUAGAUAUGGAAAUUUUGAAUGCUCGAGCACGUGGUGAUGCGGAUUAUCUGGAAGUACCACACUCCUGUCUUCGGAUAGGACGAGAGAUUGGAAAAGGAGCAUUCGGGCGCGUGUUUAUGGCUAGCGCGGUUAAGCUGCCAGCUUUCAACGGACCAAAAAUUGUUGCCAUCAAACAGCUAAAAAAAUGUUCAUCGAGUGAUGAGUUUGAUGAGUUUCUUGAUGAAAUCGCAAUGAUGAAAAAGGUCGGCAAGCAUCCCAACAUCGUUGCACUGCUCGGCUGCUGCACCAUCAAGGAACCGCUCACGAUGAUAAUGGAAUACGUUGGUUGUGGUGAUCUGUUAGAAUAUCUUCGCAAAAUUCGUGCAAAACAUUUAGCGAAAAUUCAUCAGUUGGAGGUAAGCUCACAGCUGGAAAAUACCAACUCCGCCCAGAAUACGGCACCGGCAAACAACAUUUUCGGUCCGAUGGUGAAAUAUUUGGACCUAUUACACACGUCAAGUUCCACCUCGGACGCAUCCUACAUAACGCAGACAGACACCACAACCCGGCCAUCGGUAACAGAAACCACCUACACCAUGCUGAGCGGUACAAUUGGCGAAGACGAUAACAAGUCAACGCUUGGCAAUUGUUCGCUAGAGUACGUGCUCGAUCACAAGGAAUUGCAUAAUUUUGCUAAACAAAUUGCCUGCGGUAUGGAGCGUCUGGAGGAGCUGCAGAUUACCCACCGUGAUUUGGCCGCACGUAACAUACUGAUCGACGAACGAAAAACGCUAAAGAUAUCGGAUUUCGGUUUAUCCCGCACCGGGAUCUACGUCAACACCAGGAACAAGAAGGUUCCGUUACGUUGGCUGUCUAUCGAGGCGAUGCGUGAUAAUCUGUACUCCAACAAAAGUGACGUCUGGGCGUUUGGCAUCGUGCUCUGGGAGAUAGGCACUCUAGGUGGCUACCCAUAUCCAUCCGUUAGCAACCACGAGCUCUUUGCCUAUCUGCAGGAAGGUAAGCGACUGGAACGCCCGGAAAACUGUACACCGGAAGUGUACGAUCUUAUGCUGCAGUGCUGGCGGGAAGACCCGAACGAACGGCCAUCCUUCCAACAGAUUUCGAAACACCUGCAGCCACAUAAAAAAAUAUACAUUGAUUUCAAUGAAAUCGAACCUACGUACGUUUUUCCACCGACCAGUGAUCAGAUACGAUUGGCCAUAGCGAACAAUAAAUGA